AUGAAGUCUGUCAAAGGAGGCAGGUCAAAACAAGCGGCAGGCAAAUCGAAAGCAGCCAAGGCAGCAGCCAAAUCCAAAACGAAAAAGGAUGCAGGAGCAGGGAAGCCAAAGCGUAAGGUGAAGAAGGAGGGGAAGACAAAAGCCGCCCAGAAAAGGCAGGUUAAGUCGAGGAAUUCCUAUAAGGGCGACAAUCAAAUUUUCCGGUAUUCGGCAUGGAGAGCAGUUCCCGAAGCCCAUCUACGAGAUUUCAUGGCUUCUGUGGAACCCUUGGCAGCUAGCAGCAUGAAGACCAAUGACCUCACUCCAGUUGAGCUGCGACGUGCAUUCUUCGGUUAUUUUCGCCAGCCACCAGGAAAAAAACCCGAGAAGAAGACAAAGGGUGAGAUCAGGAAGGACCUGGUUGACCAGUACGAGUCAUUGAAGCGCCCUGGCCACAACAAGACUCUGCCGGAAAUUAUCCACGCUGUGGAGAUUGAGCUCAGCCGGAACUUGGAAUUCAGCAUUGAGAGGGUUGGGAAACAGCAAUUUCUUGUUUGUGGUAAAAAGAAGGUGAGCCUUCCCAACAAGCCCUGGAAAGAUGAAAUCUACAAGGAUCCCAAGACAGGAGUUCCGUUUGUGAGUGAUGGGAAAUCAUCGGUCCAUUGUGUGGUUUUCUUUCAGUCAGCAGAAGCCAAUAGUGAAGCAGCGGCACCGGCUUCGAAGCCUGCCAAAAUCAAAGCCAUGCCUGUGCCACUACCGGGAGAAAACACUAUUCCUGAGAUUCACAAAGCAGGUGAUGGUACUGGCCCUGCUGCUCCAGAGUCUGAAGAUGAAUCACCAUCGCCUUCACUGCCUGACUCUGACGAUGAUGAACCUGACCUUUCCAAGGAACCAUCUUCUUCUUUUCACAGUGCAAACAUUGUUGUACCUUCUUCAUUUAAAUUUAACAGUGCAAAUAUUUACUUUCCAAGGAUUAAGUGCAAACAGCGUUGUACUUUUUGA